AUGGACAAGAUCGAGGUGAAGCGGCUGGCCUACACGCACCAGGGGCGCACCAUCUACGAGUGGGAGCAGACGCUCGAGGAGCUCCACGUCUACAUCCGGCCGCCGCCCGGCGUGACGGCAAAGAUGGUGAGCUGCACCAUCCGGCCGGGCGAGAUGACCCUUGGCAUUAAGGGGAACCCACCCUUCCUGAGCGAGCGGUUCGAGUCGGGAGUCAACUCGGACGAGUCGAUGUGGUGCAUGGAGGACGGGGAGCUGCACAUCAUACUGACGAAGGUGUCGCGCGGCGUGCCAUGGUCGGCCGUUGACCCCUUUACGCAGUCGGAGGUGCAGAAGUCGCUGAUGCUCGAGCGCUUCCAGGAGGAGAAUCCCGGCUUCGACUUCUCCGGCGCCACCUUCAAUGGGCAGGUGCCGGACCCAAAGACGUUUAUGGGCGGCGUCGGGUACAAGUGA